AUGGACAAAUACACAUACGACUUGAAUCAACUAAUUGAAGAGGUUGUAAGGCAUUAUCCAUCAAUGAGCGAUCUAGGUUUUUCAAUUGUUUUUCUUGACAAGCAUGCCAAAGUGCAAACCUUUAUUGAGCUUGAUUCGGAUGAUAACUUCAUGGAAAUGCUUACCAUGUACGAGGAUGAAAAAGAAGAACAACAUGAAACUACUCAUGAACUUCAUGAUGAGGAUAACUCAGAUUCUUGUCCUAGUGAAGAAAGUUAUCAUAGUCGUUUUAGCGAAGAUUAUGAAGGUGAUAUUAUAAAUUAUGAAGGAGAAACUUCAUCAUAUAGCACGAAAUGUCCAAGCAUGAAAGUGAGCUCGAAGUAUCCAAAUGUGAUUGCUUUUAGAAGAGCAUUGAACCAUUACGCACUCGCAAAUGAAUUUGAGUACUUUAUUGAGAAAAGUGAACCAACACAAUUUACAGCAAGGUGUGCUAUUAUAGAGUGUGAGUGGAAAAUUCAUGCCGAUGUCAUGCAUGAUAAAGUAAGAAAACAUGAAGAAGAACAUUCUUGUACUCGAUCUAGUAAGGGUGGUAAUAGGUGUGCCACUCAAGCAUGGAUUGCUGAUGUAGUUACUGACAAGCUAAAGUCCGACAGAGAUGUCUCGCCUACAGAGCUAAAGAAAUGGCUUCUUAAAACUUACAAUGUUGAAAUACCAUACUUAAGGGUCUUUAGAGGGAAGGAACAAGCUUACACUGAUUUAUAUGGCAAGUGGGAUGAUGCUUUCAUAAAGAUGGAUGCUUUUAGAGAGGAGCUUCUAAAUAGGAAUCCGGGAAGUGUUGUUGAAAUUUUAUUUGAGAAGGAUGGUAACAAGAAACGCUUCCAACGUUUUUUUAUCUCAUUAACAGCUUGUUCUAGUGGUUUUCUUGCUGGUUGUCGCCCUUACAUUGGUCUGGAUGCUUGUCAUUUAAAAGGGAAGUACAACGGCGUACUAGCUGCUGCCACUAGUAUUGACGGAAACAACUCGAUUUUUCCAUUAGCCUACGCCGUUCUUGAAUCAGAAAAUACAAAAUCAUGGACGUGGUUUCUUGAAUCAUUAAAAAAAGCAAUUGGGACGCCAAAUGGCCUUGUUAUAUCAUCAGAUAUGCAAAAAGGGCUAGAAGUAGCUAUAAUGCAAGUUUAUCCUAGUGUUGAGCAUAGAGAAUGCAUAAAACACUUGUAUAGCAACUUCAAGAAACAUUUUCGUGGUGACUUCUAUAACUACAAAUUGUGGAGUGCUGCUAGAACUUAUUGUAUUAAUGAGCAUAAUAGGUUAUUGAAGGAAAUUGCCGAGGUACGUCCAGAGGCGGUUACAUAUCUUAACGGGAAUCAUAAUAAGAUAUGGAGUCGAAGCAAGUUUGGCACAACUUCCAAGUGUGAUUACAUCACUAACAACAUCUCGGAAUCAUUUAAUUCUUGGGUAGGCGCAUUACGUUAUAAACCGGUACUUGAGGUCCUCGACGGGAUUAGAGAUAAGCUUAUGCGAAGAUUUGAUAAGAAGAGGAAGACUGUGAAAAAAUGGAAAGGAUCAUUAGUUCCUAAAGCUAAUAUCUAUCUCAAAAGUAUCUCUAAGAACUUAGGUGCAUAUGAAGUUUUCAGAAGUAGCGACAAUCGAGCUGAAGUGGAAUACAAGGGGAAGCGUUACGAGGUUAUACUAAAUGAGAGAAAAUGUACUUGUCGGGUUUGGCAAGUUACCGGUCUUCCAUGUAUACAUGCAGUGGCUUUUAUUGCUUUUACAAGGGACACUGAUUGGGUAAAAUAUGUAGAUUCCUGUUUCACAAUCACAAACUACAAAGAAGCUUAUGCCCUUGAAAUUGCUCCAUUACCCGGAAAGGAUCAAUGGGUAGAAAGGGAAUCAGAUGAAAGGAUAUAUCCACCUAUAUUAAAACGUCCCCCUGGAAGACCCAAAAAAGAAAGAAUGAAACCACCUGGUGAGGCCAAAAGAAAACACAAAUGUCCACGAUGCGGUGGGUAUGGGCACCAUGAAAAGAAAUGCAAAAAUCCAUCAUCUCAAGCUCCUGAUUCAAAUCAAACAUCUACGAGCAAAAGGAGGCGAGGAAAAUACACAAAAGCUCGUGAAAGCUGUGCAAUAUGA